ACAAAUUUUGACAUUCCUUUCUGAAGGAUGAUGACAAUGUGAUGGGGUGCUAUAACUCCCAUAUGGCUGAGGCCAAAGUUGGAAUGCAGUGGGAGAGAAAUUCCAUCUUGAAAGGCCUAAAACAAGUGCCUAUGAGAAGAGGGUUCAGUUUCUGAACCCUAAUGGCCCAGCUUCUCCAGCAUUUGACACAAGGGUCACAACCAAUGGGGGAUGGCCAAGCAUCAGGGGACAAACCUUUGGAUUCGAGCUUGCUCAACCCAGAACAGGCACUGGGAGAAGGAUCAAUACCAAUUCCUCGGGUGAAAUUGGGGGGAGUUAGUGGAGUUGGGGAAAAGACUCUAACUAAAUCCAAGAGUCUCAGCAACCUCCUUGAUGGCAGAUCAACAGGGAAGAAGCGCCACAGAUAUUCUGGUGGGGGGACAGGAGCAAAUCGUCCAUUGCAUACCCACAGUUUGUCAGAAACCCAUCAACCAUUUUCUGCAGCUGGAACCACCCAUCUACUCCAGAAUAUUGUCAGUGUGGAGAGCAAGCGAGCCAUAGGUGAAAUUUUGGAGAGAGUCAAUGAUCUCAAUGAGACAGAGAAACUUUUACUAUACCUACAACUCCCAUCAGGCAAAUCAGCUGAUCCUGAUCCAUUGAAGUUGUUAAGACUGUGUUGGGAUGGAGUGGAGGAUGGAGGAAAUGAAUUGGAUGUGGAUGAGUAUGAGGCUGCUGAGUUGUGUGUCUUGGAAUGGGCCCACAAGUUCAUUGGCUCUUCCUUCCAGUCUCUAAUUCAUCUUGCCAAGCAUCUAAUUGAAAAGAGACUCAUUCACCCCUCAUCCCCUUUAGCCCAGCAGUUUCUUGAGAACAAGACAAUCGGUGCAGGGAAUCAAGGCAUUGGGCUGAAGACAUCUCUGUCUUCCUCUUCCUCUUCUUCAUCUGAUGACGGGCCACCUAAAAGGAGAAGAACUCAAAAGAUUGGGAAAUGGAAGAAGUUUGUGAGUGGAGGGGAUCGGGAUAUUCUCAGGGAAGGUGCCCCGACUCCUUUGACUCACACAGAUCUCAACACAGGAAUUGAAGAGAAACCUCCUCAUCCUUCUUCACUGACACCUGUACCUGAGUUCAGCACUGCAAGUACAAAUGGUUUGUCACAGCCAGCCUCUGUGAUGCAAGGGGCUCCCGUGGGGAAGAUGCCCAUCCCCCGCUUGCCCCAACAGGCCACCCGAGCCUCGUGCAAGCCGUUUACAAACAAGAUUGUGAUAAUCCCAUCGGGGACGGCCAAAAGUUCAGUUCCCCCUGUGGCUCGCAAGUACAAGCGCAUUCAGCCGAAGCCCCAGAACGAUGGGAGUCCCGCAAACGUUGAGCUCAAGCUCCCGUUCAAAUGUGAGAGUGAAGGCUCAAGCAUCCUAGGAAAAGCAUGGGAAAGCAUUCAGGAAUCCAGCUUUGGAUGUGGAAGUGAAGAAGACCUUAUCCCACCCAAUGAGAAGCAGCCAGAUGAAAAGAAUUUCUCAGAGUUACGAAUGCUUUUGGAGGGAAACAUCAAGAGUCCACUUGGACAGAUGGAUGUGAAGCGUCGUGUGAGUUUCACACCUCAUGCCACUGAAAGCAUUACUCUGUUCUCCAACACUUCAGGAGUUCCCCCAAGCCCAGGAGCAAGGAGAAGAGCAUUUGACUUCACCCCUAUUGUGCCAUCAAGUGCCACAGGAAGUCCAUUCAUCUCUCCGCGUGGAACACCGGUUUCAAAUGUACGAUCCAGGCAUAAUUCUGGUCAGACCAACCCCAUCCCUGUGAAUAGCUAUGGUGAUCAUCAGCAACAGCAAAAUCAGUCUCCAUUCAUUUCCCCACAAGGAACACCCACCCCUAUUGGGAACCGAUCCCGUCACAAUUCGGGCUUCCUGAUGAGGAAUCGUAAUUCAUCUGGUUCACGUUUCCAGCCUUAUGCAGCCACGUCUCAACUGGCUACCACAAGUAAUCCCCCCACCUCAGUAGGAGAUGAGGAGAAAGUGUUCCUCUCUCCCAGUGCCACCAUCGUCAGCAGCACAAAUGGCAGCAGAGACAACAGCAAUAGCUGCGGCUUACCUCAGAGUCCUUCAGAUAAAGGGAGUGCAUUGCGUGCUCUCUUAAAGAGUGAUGCCCCACCAUGUCUGGCUUUGGACCCGAGACGACGGCAUUCCUCAGCCCUGGCCUCGUUUCAAAAACAUGUCCCUCCCCAACCCCCCUCAAAUCCACCCCAAGUACCAGUGAAUCCUUCAGAUGAUGCCUAUCGAUCCCAGUCAGUCCCCCUCAUACAGACACUCCCUGACUCCAACAUUUCUCCAUUGGAAAACCAGUGCUUUGAUUUCAUCCAGUCCCCCACGCAAACUCUCCCCUUCCAAGAGCAAGACAAUCCCAUGGACAUUAUGUUCUCAUCAACAGGGCUCUCUGACUUUUCUGGUCUCCUCUCUUCUCAGUGUGAUGAUUCGGGGAUUGAGACUGCAUCUGGAGGAAGUGUCCCCCAGAGUUGUCCUCCAUUCAGGGGCCGGAACCCAUCCCAACAGAGUGAUCUGAGCUCCAUCUCCACUGGUACAGGAACAGGAAGUGUGGUUGAGGAUUACAUGAACCGAGAACCUGGGUCUCGUUCGUAUCCCAAUACCCCGAUCCCAGAACGUCUGGGUCCUGGUAUCCUCCCAGCACUCCCGAUGCGAUAUCCUCUUUCUACUGAAGGGAAUUCUAACUCUCGUUCGUAUCCAUCAACUCCUGUGAACCCAAAUCCUCCCUCAAUGCUGCUUCGGCCUCAUGGAAAUGGGACGCAAGUGACACUGACUUCGUUAAACAUGGGACCUGGGCAAAAAGAAAAUCCAUUGGGUGCCAAGAGGAAUAUCACAGCCUUGCUUGACCUCGAAGGUGAAGAGGAUGACCUUGGAUCCACAUUGGCUGACCUUCGGGAAUGCGAUAGGGAUUUUUCCACUUUUGAGGCUGAGAAUCUGCAUGGCCAAUGAUUUGUGAUGGUUCAUGGGACAAUAGGCUGUGCCUCCAUAGUUUCCUUUUUGUCACUGCUUGUGAAUAGUAUGAUGUGGACAUGAAUUUUGUCUUGUUUCAUCUCUCUUUUUUUUUCCUGCUCAUUGUUUCAUCUCUUCCUUUUCUUUCUGUCCUUUUGUUUCACCUCUCUACUUCUAUCUUCCUCCCCUUUGGCCUUUUCCUUAUUACUCAGGUGUUUUUCACAUGGCAGACUCAAUACCCCUAUCCCUGGUCCAACCCUUUGAGGGUUUUAUGUUUUGUUUACAAUUUUUAUUAUGAAAUUUGCAUUUUAAACGAUGGAUGGAUGGACGUGGUGACAGGAAUGAGGUGUUUCCUGCAUGCUUUUUUCUCGUAGAUCCCCAAUGUUUUUCUUGCACAUCGCAUUUUUAAGCGUUUUUUAACCAGUUGACCGAUUGUUCUGGAGAGG